AAAGAAAAAGGAAAAUCCUAUAUGGCUAGUAACGGUAUUUUCUAUUCAAGUCUAACCUUUAUUUUCAUUGGAAUCCUGGAGCUGGGAUUCAUUUCUUUCCCAGCAGAAGCUGCCAUAAAGAAAUAUCAGUUUGAUAUUCAAGUGAAGAAUGUGAGUAGAUUAUGCCAUGCAAAACCAAUUGUCACUGUAAAUGGGAGAUUUCCAGGGCCAACAAUUUAUGUAAGAGAAGGAGAUCGAGUUCUUGUCAAUGUCACCAAUUAUGCCCAGUACAACAUGUCAAUUCACUGGCAUGGACUGAAGCAAUAUCGCAAUGGGUGGGCAGAUGGACCAGCUUAUAUAACGCAGUGUCCAAUUCAGAAAGGAAGUAGCUACACUUAUGACUUCAAUGUGACAGGGCAGAGAGGGACCUUAUGGUGGCAUGCUCAUAUUUUUUGGCUAAGGGCUACAGUUUAUGGUGCAAUUGUCAUUAUGCCUAAACAAGGAACUCCAUAUCCUUUCCCACGCCCAAAUAUGGAAGUCAAUAUUCUCUUAGGAGAAUGGUGGAACACUGAUGUGGAGGAGGUUGUAAGGCAAGGAACGAAAAUGGGGUUGCCUCCGAACAUGUCUGAUGCACACACAAUCAACGGGAAGCCAGGGCCUCUUUUUCCUUGUUCUGAGAAACAUACUUUUGCAAUGGAGGUUGAACCAGGGAAGACGUACCUCCUCAGAAUUGUGAAUGCAGCCCUCAAUGAUGAGCUUUUCUUUGGCGUUUCUGGCCAUAAGAUGACAGUGGUGGAAGUUGAUGCAGUUUAUACAAAGCCAUUCAUCACUGAAACUAUACUAAUUGCACCUGGACAGACCACAAAUGUUCUAGUGCAGGCCAACCAACCUCCAGGCAGAUAUUUCAUGGCUACUAGGCCUUUCAUGGAUGUUCCUAUUCCUGUUGACAACAAAACAGCCACAGCGAUUCUCCAAUACAAAGGCAUUCCAAACACUGUCCUCCCAUCUCUUCCUCAAUUGCCUGCUCCAAACGACACAGAAUUUGCUUUAAGCUACAAUAGAAAACUUAGAAGCUUGAACUCUCCACAGUUUCCAGCGAAUUUACCCAUCAAAAUCGAUCGAAAACUCUUCUACACUAUUGGUUUUGGAAAAGAUUCUUGCCCAACUUGCAUUAAUGGAACACGACUCCUAGCUUCUUUGAACAAUAUCUCCUUUGUUAUGCCUCAAACUGCUCUUCUUCAAGCUCAUUACUUGAACCUCACAGGAGUUUUCAGGACUGAUUUCCCUGACAAACCUCCUACUCCUUUCAACUACACUGGUGCACCACUCACAGCUAGCCUUGGAACUGUCCAUGGAACCAAGCCCAGCCUCAGCAAGCUUGCAUUUAAUUCUACGGUUGAGCUGGUUCUACAGGACACCAACUUGCUAACAGUUGAGUCUCAUCCAUUCCAUCUUCAUGGCUAUAAUUUCUUUGUUGUUGGCACGGGAAUUGGAAACUUCGAUCCUGUCAAAGACCCUGCUAAAUAUGACCUGGUUGAUCCCAUUGAGAGAAACACAGUUGGAGUUCCAACUGGGGGAUGGACUGCCAUUCGUUUUAGAGCUGACAAUCCAGGUGUUUGGUUUAUGCAUUGUCAUUUGGAACUCCAUACUGGCUGGGGAUUGAAAACAGCAUUUGUGGUGGAAGAUGGAGCUGGGCCCGAUCAAUCUAUUCUUCCUCCACCUAAGGAUCUUCCAGCUUGUUAGACAUUUUGAGGCUUGUUCAUCACUGUAAUUGUACAUUUUAAGAAUAUUACUAAUUCGUGCUUCCUGCAAAAGUUGUAGGAGGUUUCUUAACAGAUUGGAUGAUUGUUCAUCGUUUGAGACCCACAACUGUAAUAAGCUACAGCAAAUGUGAUAUAAUGAUUAAUGCAUAUGUUUGUUGAUUUGAUUGUGGUGCUUGUUGAA